AUGAAAGCUCGAGGUGAAUGCCAUCACGACUCCAAAAACUGCAGUCCAUGGCAAUAUCCGACUGGCGUUCCAUUGCUCUCCGGCUACACUCCGAUUCCUGAUAAAUUCUACUGCAUUUUGGACAUGGAUGAUGGCUAUAUGGCGUUCGCAACCGACCAGCACUACCUGGGUGUUGCAUUCCGCAAUCUUCAGGGCAAGACUUUGUAUCCGAUCGUGUCAGCUGUAUGGGGUCAUUGCGAGAUCACGAUGAAGUACCUCGGAGGCAUUAGAACCUGCUCCCCGACCUCUGAUGGACAUCUGCCGACGGGCGAUUCGUGUUGA